AUGUCUGCUAGGGUUUCCAACGUCUCUGGCGCCGCCGGCGGCCCAUCACCGGAGGAGCGAGACCUCCAUCGUCGGAACACGUACAAGGCCGCGGAAGAUGAUACAGGUGGGGUUCCGCUGAGAAAGCCCAUCUCCUAUAAGGAUAUCUGCUCGGGCAUUAAUGGUAAGACCUCGCUUCAGGAAGAGGAGGAGCCUCUUGAUUAUGCUGGUUCUGGGUCUGAUAUGGAGGACGAGGACGAGGGCGAGGAAAACGAGGUGGACAUGGAACCGCGGGAAAUUGAUCCUUUGUGCCCUGUGAUCAAGAUCACAAAGCAGGAAUUGCGUGAGGCCCGAAGUCCAUGGAAGAAAGCUGUCAUCGUCCAACUCUUGGGGAAGAAGAUGGGGUUAGGCUUCAUGCGUACGCGUCUGCAGAACCUUUGGCAACCGUUGGGCAGUAUGGAGAUCAUUGACCUAGCACAUGGCUAUUUUGUUGUGAGGUUCAAUAAUUUAGAGGACUAUCAGCACGUGUUUGAUGGUGGCCCCUGGGUCAUUUUGGGGCAUUGCUUGGUGGUUCAACAAUGGAAGCCAGAAUUCAUUCCGGCGACAGCAGAGCCUGGGAAAGUGGCUGUUUGGAUUCGUAUCCCUGACUUUCCAGUGGAGUACUAUGGGAAACAUUUUCUUUGGAGAAUUGGUGAGUCCAUUGGAAGAAUGAUCAAAAUUGAUGCCCACUCCAUACGACGAGAACAUGAAGAUGGUACGGUGGUUGGGGGUAGUGGAAGAGGGAGUUUUGUUCGCCUUUGUGUGGAAGUUGACUUGAGGAAAACCCUGAUUGCUAAAUUUGAAUUCCAUGACUUGGUCUAUAAGGUAGAGUAUGAGGGGUUGAAUCAGAUCUGCUUCCAUUGUGGUAGAUUUGGCCAUCGGCUAGACAAUUGUUCCCUUCUGGCAGCGGUGCCAGGUACUGCAGGAAUGGAAGAGAAGGAAGGGCCUCGUGUGAGGCCGGAGGCGGAGGAGAGCCAACCGUUUGGGGAGUGGAUGAUUGUCAAGCGUCCCCAGAGAAAGGCGCCAAUUCCGGCGCACAAGAAAGGAAACCAGGCGUGGAAUUCUGGGCAGAGUAGCAAAAAUUCUGGCUCCAGAUUUUCUGCCCUGGCCAAUGGAAGUAAUGAUAUGGUGGGCCCAAGUCAUAGUCGAAGUGAUACCCAGAAAGGAAAUUCCGAGGUUAUUGCUAUUAAUGAUGACGUUGAGACAGUUACGGAUCCAAAUAAGUCAGGUAAUGUUAACAAGGAAGAUAUGGGGAAGGUAACUACCAAUCAGGAGCAACCUACUAAUUCUGUAGAGGAUACUACCAUGCAACACGUGGGGCCUACAAAACCGUUAACAAAUAUUUGCUGCACCUAA